UUGUUAAGUUUAAACAAAGUUAAGAUUAUGAUUUUAAUAUUUUGACUGCUGAAAUUUUUAAAAAAAAUUGAUUAUGGCUAAUGAUUUAACCAGAGUGAAGGGAACUUCUAUUGUAAAACCAAUUAUAUACGGAAACACUGCUAAAUAUUUUGGCCAAAAACGACAUGAAGAUGGUCAUACUCACAAGUGGUCUGUAUAUGUAAGGCCUUAUGUAAAUGAAGACAUUGGUACCUGGGUCAAAAAAGUUCAUUUCAAAUUGCAUGACAGUUAUGAAAGUCCAACUCGAGUAGUUCAAAAACCUCCAUUUGAAGUAUCCGAAACAGGCUGGGGUGAAUUUGAAUUGGUCAUCAAGAUAUUUUUUCAAGAUACUAGUGAAAGACCAGUUACACUUUAUCAUGUACUUAAGUUGUACAGUAAUGGGCCAGAUUCUGAACUAAAUGAAAAACCAGUCUUGUCAGAAUUCUAUGAAGAAAUAAUUUUUCAAGAUCCGUCAACUUACAUGAAAUAUGUAUUGAAUGAUACAUUGAGUAAAAAUCCACCCAUUGCUGAACAAAAUCUUCAUUAUGAAACCAUCAAGAAGACGACAGUUGAUAAAUUAAAAAAAUCAAGGAAAAGAGUCCAAGAACAUACUAUUAUGUAUAAAGAACGGUUAAAAAAAUUAAGAGAGGCUAUUAAUAAAUAUAAAGAUGAAAUUUGUGCCAUGCAAUCACAAUGUAGUUCAUCAGCAUUACGUUGAUUAAAAUGAUACAAUGUCAAAAUAAAAACUAGUACUUCCCAAUUUUUAAUAAUUUAAAUUUCCAAUAAGUCUAUUUAUUCAAACAAAUUGUAUUCCAUUAUUACAUUUUAACUAGUCUAAUCAAAACCAUUUGUAAACUUUAACUUUAAUUUAUAUAAUUAAAUUAAUAAUUUUCUCUCCAACUUUGUAAAUUGAAAAAUAAAUAU